AUGGAACUUCAGUUAGGUCUUGCUCUCCCCACUCACAACUCCGAUGAGGAAUUCAAGCUUACCAAGUCCAAACAGAUAGUGAGUUUAGAGUUAUGGAGACCCAGUUGCGGUUCUGAAAGAGGAAAGCAAGUCAAACACAAGCGCAGCUUCGAAGAGUCCUUUGAAAGUUUUUUGAAACCUUUGCCUUUACUAGUAUGGAGUGGACAGCCAAAUGAAGAAGAUGAUCGUAUUCAAAAGGUGCAAAGAAACAUUCACGCACCAAACAGGAACGGUGAUGAAGAAAAACAUUUGGUGGGAUGGCCACCAGUUAAAUCAUGGAGGAGGAAAGAACUUCAUCACCAUCAUCCUGCAACAGGCCAAAUCAGAAACGACAGGAUUCGCGCUAAUGAGAACCGAAGUAGAGAAUCAAACUCUUUAUAUGUCAAAGUUAACAUGGAAGGGGUAGCCAUUGGAAGGAAAAUCAAUUUGAGGCUUUUCAACUCGUAUCAGACACUUACAAACACCUUGACGAACAUGUUUGCCAAGUACCAAAAAUUGGAGGAAACCAGAGAAAGUUACACACUCACCUUUCAAGACGAGCAAGGGAAUUGGCUGCAAGUAGGACAUGUUCCAUGGCAAUCCUUUAUUGAUACGGUGCGGCAUUUGGUGAUACUGAAGAAUGGAAGUGAAACUGUUUGA